AUGAGGCAGACAAUACCUGUCAGCGCUCUCAAAUCCAGCCUACGACUCGUUCGGAUCCAAUCGGCGACCUCUCGCUCAGCCCCAUUCCCACCAUGCACGUUUACCCUGCUUCGACGCUUGACUUCAUCUUCCACCCGGUCAGCAGCUUAUCGACCUCCCGUAUUACCGGAGGCUGAUCUACCCCUCGGUGCCGUCGACAGUGGACGGUCAGAACGAAUAGAGAGGGUAAAAAUCGGACUCAGACUGUUCGUAAGAUAUUGCGGGUGGGGGCUUGUCAUUGUCGCUAUUGGGCUCGGAGGGCUAUUUGAAGGCGCUCACCUCUACGUGGAAAAGUACAAGCUUCCGCCAGUUGGAGACGUGGAUUCUGGCUCUACGUCCAGGCUCAGAUCAUCUACCACUGGCGAGAACGUAGACGAGUCGUCAUCGACGGACUAUGGUUGGGAAGAUGAGAUGCUUUCCUGGACUGGUGGAUCCACAGGAGGUACUUCACCACGGUUAGGACAUCGAGCCCGUCAUGCACUUCGAGCAGCAUGGAUGAGCACCCAUUGGAAUCGGACGAAUCAGGCUACAUUAGCUGAACAGGGAUGGUUUGAACCUGAUUUCAUGCUUCUCAAACGACUUCAAGCGGAGGAGGCUAAUGCUCCCCCGCCCAUGUUGGUUGAACAGAGUGCUUUGUCCAUGGAUAAAUACCUCAACACGGUUAUCCAGAUGGCAAAGUCAAAUGGGUUGAGCUUUCCGCCCGAGUUAUCUGUCACUCGGCCUCCUGGACCACCUGACUCGACGAAGGAAGGUAGCAUGUGUGAUCCCGUGGUCCGAGAUCUGUUGUUACUCAAAGCUAGCAACCUCGAACGAAUGGCUACCAAGACUGCUCUAGUCGACGCAAAGGAAAUCUACGAGCGUGUGCUCAUAGCGACUAUUCCAAGGGGAACAUCGACAUCUCGUCAAGAUGCAAGAUCAAUGCGAUUGGCAAAGAAAGUCGGCGGGCUGUGCGAACGGAUAGGAGCGGACAAGGAGGCUUCACAGUGGUUCGAUUGGGGAUUGACGCGAGCUGGCAUACACCUCAACAGCCUCAGCAGUAGCGCUCCGUCUUCCUCCUCUUGGUUUGGGUCGAGCACGCCGAGACUGUCUUUCGACCCUUCUGGACUAUCACCUGCAAUGCUUCGGGCCACCAUCUCCCUCUUGACUUCUGUUGAAUCAUAUCACGCGACCCAUGCUCAGCUCGAAGCCGCGUGGAACGUUCAGAGUGCAGCGCUCUCAUUUUUCCCGCAGAGAUGGCAGACAAACUCGGCCCUCGAGCAAGACAAUGCAGCUGCUGCUUUGCACCAGUCCUGGCUACAAAGCUACCAAGCUACCCUCCAACUUCACCACGCCUCCGUCGCUCACGCGAUCAAGAACAAGUCAGCAUUAUCCAUCGCGGAGGAAGCGUCGAGUCUAGCCGAACAGAAUCUGAAAGUCAUGGAUCCCGUACCUUCAUUCUACCAACCACCCGAAUCAUCCGCUCUCACCGAACCAGCUCGACAAUUACACCGAGAUGCCUUGCUUGUAGCUGCCGAGUCCUCCUUCACCCUCGGACGCUUAUUGGAGACAACACGCCAACCUGACCUCAGUAAAGUCGCUGAUCUGUUCCACCGAGCGGCCGAGCUUGAUGCAAAGCAAUCUGGACGGACAGAGGAGACGGUCACGGGAGGUGAAUGGCACAAGUACUGGCGCAAUUACGUUCGCGUCAAGGCACUUAUGGGAGAGACCGUGGAGCCUCCCUUCAAAGACUUCGAUACUGAUUUCAAGGGGCGAGACGAGAUGGCCAUGGAUGUCAUUCGGUCCGUGACCAGAAAGUUUAUCAAUUGGUUCGAACCUUCUAGAGAGACUGGCCAGGCGGGAGGAUCUGCCAGCCAGAGUAGGGCGUGA